AUGGAUAAUGACGAUUAUUAUGAAAUAACAACACAAUUAGACCCUAGAGAAAUAUUACGGUACUUGAACAAUUUAGGAAUACAAAACAUAAGUGGUGAAGUUUUAAAAUAUUUUAUAACAGAUCUUAAAAAAUUUAUUAAGUAUGACUUGCAGCAUAAAAAAGAAAAUUUGAACCUAAAGAAAACAUAUGAAUUAGGACCUGAAAGAUUACACAGUGCUAGUACCUUUUCAUCUAGAACAAGAUCAAGGGGAGCACCAUACAGCGAAAUUUGCUCUAAAGAAUAUCCAAAAACAAAAACAAUGUUCAAUUUUCGUAAUACUUGUUCAGCACCUACUAUUGCAAUUCCAAAACUUGAAGUUGAAGUACCAAAGAGAGCAUGUUCUUGUAUAAGAAUUGAAAAUAAACCUGCAACCAUCUCUAAAGAACCGAAAACAACAUCAUCACUUAAUAAUAAUUUAAUCAAGGUUCCAAAGCAGCCUUUAAAAAGAAAAAACGACCCUGUCUCUUUAUAUCACUAUUAUACAUCUUUGUGGGCAAAAUAUAAACCAAAUGUACCUGGCGAAAACAACUGGUCAGAACUUAGAUGGAGCAUAAGACAAAAAAUGGCAGGAAGUAUUCCAUGUCCAUCUAGUAAGGCUGUCGCCAUGACAAAUAAAGAAGAAAUGAAGAGUAAAAAAUUAUAA